AUGUCCACCGGAGAAGAAAACUACGUGGAAGAUGGCAUCAAGUGUCUUCAUUUGGGGAUGUAUGAGACUGGAGUUGGCGAAUUUAACGUCUUCAAUCUCGCCACCAACCACUACCAUCGAUACGAGGCCCUUGAACGCACUGGCGCAGUCGAUAUCACUUGUUACCUUGAGAAGGUCAUUCAUGGAACCUUGAGUCCUACCCAAUACGGAUCUAUCAUCGUCAUGCAAUGGUUUUUCCAACCAGGGCCAGGGCGUCGUAUUUCCGAAGCCACCAUCAAACUACUGUUCGAAGUUGAGUCAAGUGAUAGUGAUACCGAGCUCGAGGUCAAAUAUAUAUCGUUCGAAGGGACAUACAGCUUGAUGCCUACGACGCAAGAAACCAGUACCACUAGGGGUAUCGAGGCUACAGCUGGCGUUCAAGAAGUUGCCCAGGCCAAUUUAACUGCAAAGUGGGAAAGUGCAACUACAACAACCGCGUCCGAGUCUAUUACACUCAACGGCGGCAAGCGACUUUUCAAGAAUACACCGCCCAAGCGAAUCGCCAAAUGGGAACUUUGCGAAAACAACUCCCAGCCUCAAGGGAUUCCUGGUAUGCUGAGGGUCGCGGUGCUGGUCGCGAGAGAUGACGAGGAGAAAUUCCAAUGCAGGGUCGACUUUGCCUGUAAGACAGACUUAAAGACGAAACUGGCGGGAAUGUUUGAGAAGAUCCCGAAAGACGAUCCGAUUGUUUUCCAACCAGAUAGCUCGGAUAAAGGUAAGCGAGAAAACAGAAAUAUCACUUAUGAUGCAAAAGACUUGGGGAACAUCUGUCUAGACGAUUUGUCUGAGGUCACUUAUCGCAGAGUCAUCACAAACGGUGAAAAGAUUUGGAAGUAG